GUUAUUGUGACGUAAUCACCAAGGUGAUAAGUAAAUAUUUCAAUAUGGAGUCCAUCGUUUUAGAAAAUACCACGAAAACAAUGCAGUAAUCGUUAUUUGGUGAAAUAAUAGUUUGAUCGCUGUACUUUCAAAAUACACGGCAAGAUGCCAGGAAGACGGGAGUCAAAGAGAUCCCCUCGUUCAAGAGAGGAAAACUUAGCAUUCAGUAAACAAAACACUGAUAUGGUUAGUUAUGAAGAUCUUCUGAUUGCCCAAUACCUGGAUGAACUAAGAAAAACAAAGAACAGUAUGAAGAAAAAGAAAGAAGUUCCAGCAUCACCUUACUCUCAGAAACUCCCCCACUCUGAUUAUGGUAUGUCAAAUCGGAGACCAAUGUCUGCCACCGUCCCAGCAAGGCCAGGUUCAGGAAGACCAAGUUCUGGGGCCAGAAAACCAAAGAUUGAUUCCAAAUUUAUUGCUGACCCCAGUCUAUGGGACCCUGCAACCCCAAGGUCAGAGAGCACGACCUCUACCUCCCAGGUCAGGAAAGGAAGGCCAGCUUCAGCACCUGUGCGAAGAAAGACAAGCCGUCCAUUUUCAGCAACAUCCAACUUGUCAUGGUUCUACAGAAACAAUACUAGAGGCUGGUCAGCUCGGUCAACACCUUAUUCUGCUUUUACUGGUAGAAGAAUUAGAUCCCAGUAUUUGAACAAACCCUACACAAUCAGGUGCCUGGCCUUUAAGAAUGGCAGCAGGGAAAGCAUGUGUCGAGUAGCAGCCCCGUCAAUGAAAGUGUUUCUGGAGAUGUGCACAGAUCGAUUAGGCCUAGGAUUCGCAGCCAGGAGAGUAUUCCUGGACAACGGAAAGGAAGUGUUUGAUGCGUAUGAAAUUCCACCUGAUUCUGAAGUGUACGUUUCAACGGGAGAUAACUUUAAAGAUCCAUACAGAAGUAUAAAACAAAACAUAACAUUGACCAAUGGAGCCAAAUGGACUCUGUCAGGUGUUUUGCUGCCAGAGGAGGGAAGAAAGAAGAAGACGAAAUGCAAAGUAUCAAAACGAAUGAGGAAUCUACUUGAGAACAACAGAUACCGGAUUCUCGUGUACAGGAAUGGCUACACAACUGAACCAAUGGAAAUCGUGGCAGAUCUUGGUAACAUAGAUGAGUUUUUGGUGGCUUGUACAGCAAAGCUUGGGUUAACUUCUUAUGCCAAACAACUUUAUGACUGGGAAGGAAAUGAAAUCAAAGACUUGAGUGAUGCACCAACAUUGCACGAGGCAGUGCAGGAGGGCAGUUCCCCCAUUUAUGGCCCCUUGUGGGUGUCUUUAGGAGAGGCCUUCAGCCCCACCGGUACUAUCCAUUACAUCAAGUAUUUACGACGUACCAUCAAAGGGCACCUUAAAGAGGCAGUCAAAUACAAAAACGAGGUGAACUAUGCCUUAGGAGAUGAAAAGGAGAAAGUGACCAUUACAGAUAUUCUGAGUAUGCCUGAUGACGAACUCUACUCCACUCUGGAACUGGCAGAGCAGGAAGUGGAUAAUCUGACAGAAAGUUUACAGGAUAUCGAGGACAAAUUGCAGAAAAUCGAGGGACUCCAGAAAGUGGAGGAGAGUGAAGGAUCACACUACCGAAUGAAACAUAUCAAGGAGUGGGAAUUCGAACACAGACUGGUCGGACGAAAAGGAUUGAGACUUAAGGUGUAUGAGAAUGGAAGUUACGAAAAGGACCAGGUGUUUUACUUCAAUUUGGCUGGUGCAUUACGGGGUACAAGUGACAAAGAAAAAGUCCUUACAAGGCUGUUUGACGAUCUCUCAACAAACCAUGUGACAGCAAAUCCCCACAACCCAAAAAUUGCCCCUGUAGUCAAGAAGGUGUUUGAUCAGUUUGGGAAAGAAAUCACCAAUGUCCAUGAUCUCGAGUAUGACCAAGAGGUCUGGGUGUCAUUUGGAGAACCAUUCAUCAAUCCAUUUACAUAUUGUCUUCAAGCUAUGUUUGAAAAAGCUACCGGAUACAACGUGAAUGGGGAGACCUUUAUCAUUAGGGAGCCACUGAACAUGGAACUGACAAAGAACAGAGAAACGUAUGCGGCGUGGGAGGCGAGUGUGGGGUACCCGGUCUACGAUUACGAGCAGCCAAUCGACCCCGAGGUGCAAUCUCACAUACAAGAUCUGGCUCGGAUGUCUCGCCUUGAUGCCAGGAGCACCUACUUACAAGCUAAGAAUGAUGUAAAAACUGUUUUAUACCCAGAGGUGAAUUGCUUCAAGAAGUUGAAAAGAGGAGGCGCAACCAAACAAUGGCCAUCUGAUGCUCAAGUUUGGACAAUUCAAAAGAAUGGCUACAUUCGAUCAAAGGCCAUGCCACAACUAUGUCUGGGAGUAUCGGACACUAAAGUGGACCUAACUCUGGGCAAAGAAGCAAUGUCUGGAUUUGUUGUUAACAUUCAGAAGAAGGCUUCUGGUAACACCUACCAACAGUGGCAAUUUAAUCCAGAUGCUACUAUCACCUGCCUGGCUCAUCCUAAUCUCGUUUUGACUUACAAUGGAAACCGGUUUGGGGAUGAUGAUGAAAAUCAACAGCCAGAGGGGCUGUUACCAGGGCAAUCCGUGUAUCUGAUAGUCACUGAGAAACGACAGAAGAAAGAGUCAUCCAUUCAAAGGUUUGCUCUGAAGCAGGAGAGAUUUGAUAACCUCGGACAAUGGAAGUACAAUGAUGCUACAAACAAAGAGUGGAGUAAGAAGGCGUUGUCAUGGCCGGUGAAAGAGGAUGGCAAUUUGAAUGAGGAUUAUGAUUGGCCUAUGGAAGGGUUUCUUCUGACCAAUGCACCUGCCCUACACAAGCCUCUCUCCAAACUGGGAAUUUCUGGAAUGGCCCCUCUGAGACUGAUGACGAUGAAAAAUGGAGAAAGAGACACUCGGCUAGCCAUGCCAGUAGUGGGCCCAAAUCUCACAAAUAUGUUGAAGGACCUGAACAAAGAGAAGGGAGGUAAAUCUGGUAAGAAGCAGCAGCACUCUAAACUUAUAGAGAAAGACAUCCCUGUACCAGAGACCGACAAUGUGGAGGAAGACAUCAACCUUCAUUGUGUGGACAGAACUGUCAGGGGACUCGAGUUUAUCAUGUUUUUGGACAAUUGCACAAGCCUGCUAAACUUGCCGUUUGCUGCCAGACGUCUUUUUGAUGGAAAAGGAAAUGAACAUUUCAGUCUAGUCAACUUGCGGAGAGAUGAUUUAGUUUACGUGUCAUGUGGGGAGGGCUGGAUGGACCCCAAGCUGUCCAAAGACCAACAACAGAGGCGCGUCCUGUUAUCACAGCUUUCUCAAGACAUUGCCAAAAUUAGACAGUACAUCUCACUCCGUAAUCCAGAGAAGUAUAUGUUGGAGAUGGAGGGAAACAUGGUGGCCAAUACCCGAAUAAUCAUCAAUCGUCAAUGGAAUCUGGAGGAGGAGCAGACUCUACCCAGACGUCCGCCCCAGACCGAGCAAGAUAGCCAGAUCCUCCAAGAUUCCAGGGCAACCAUGUUUGGUGAGGAGGAAGAGGAAAACAUGACCUGCCACGAGAUUGCCCACAGAAGAUCGGAACAGAGGUUGAACAAUCUGAAAUGGCCGUGGGAGAGGUUGAUCAAUGUCAGUCAGGACGAGGGGGGUGAUGAUCCCAAUGCCUACAAAUUCACAGACCGGGAGAUGUAUGAUAAAUACAAACCCCAACCAGUGCCAAAGAUAUCUCGAGACACGCUUCAGCGAUUUGUGUAUGAGGAUGGGUACAUUGCAUGCUCAGCCAACCGUACUCUGGUGCUGGGCGUUCUGGAGCAGGAGGGACGAGUUAACCAGGUGUUACUGGUCAAACGAAGGCCGGAUGACAUCAACCAACGCUGGGUCAUCAGAGAAAAUGGGGAAAUUCGCUCCAAGCACAGUUCUCAAAUGGUACUGACUGUUGCCAUGCCUGCAAAUGAACCAUUCUCUGAAGAUGAGGAAGGUCGACCUUUGACCUUCAGUGGCUGUGCUGUGACCUUGCAGGCCAGAAAGUUAAAUAUGUAUGGCAAAGCGCAUCAGAAAUGGAGAUAUGAUGCAGAGACAGGAUAUAUACAUUCCUUUUUCACCAAUCCGUAUGACAAAGAGAUUACAGCCGCCAACCAUGCCGACAUCUGUACUUAUGCAAUCUCUCACGAUAGCAAGAUCAACCAACCAGGAUACUUAGCAGAAGUUCCGGUUCAAUCCAGUUCAGACAAGGUCGCUAUAAAGAAUAUCACAGUGUGUACGUCUUGUGCCCGGGCCAUGAGGGGGCGCUACAAGCUGCAGAAACUUCCCGAGAGAACUGAAUUUUCUUGUGCAAUGGGUGAAGCCAAAAAACUGAAACUACAGCAAAGUGGAAGUUUUCGAGUUUUGAAUGGAAAAGUGGACCUGUCGACUCAUGAGGCCGAGCUCACCAUGGAGACCUGGGAGGACACCCUCGAGAAACUGAGAGAAGAGACCAAUGUCAGAGCCAUCGCCAAGGAAAUCAAUGCUGCCAAGACCGUCAAAACCAUCAAAAUACUGGCCUACAAGAACGGAGAAGGACGCAUGCACCAAGGGGAGCUAAUCUGUGGGUCCAGUAUUGAAGGAAUAUUAAGCCAAUGCACUUACAAACUGGGCUUAGCCUCAGCUGCCAGGAAGAUUUUCACAGAAGAUGGGACGAUGGUUCUGGAAAUGGAUGACCUGAUAGACUGGGCGGUAGAUAAUUAUAAGUCACUGAUGGUGGACCAGCUGGAGAAAAUCUUGCAUGGAAAGGAGGAUGCCACUGCAGACGAAGAGGAAGACACCAAGCAAUCUAACCACCAGAACAACAAAGCACCAGAGGAAAAUGACUCUCAGAGAGAGGGCGAUGAAUUGGAACACCCUGAAAGGGGUGAGGGGGAGGGACAGGACAGUCCGGCCGAUGGAGCAGGGGGAGAGAAUGCUGAAGUGGACCAGCAAGAACAGGCCAAGGUUCAGCGGGAGAGAGAUCAGCUUCUAAGUCAGGUUCAAAUCCCCCCAGUGGACAUCAUCCUCCGAUAUCCCAUCGAGGUUUGGGUGUCCUCAGGUCAGGAGUUCUUCCCUCCUGAAAAGGUAGAGACAAAAAUGGAGAAUCGCAAGAAAAGACGCGCAUUCCGUUCAGCCGUGUCUCUCGAGCUGGACAUGGAGAAACACAUCCUGAGGCAAAUGAAAGGACGUAGACUGGAGUCGCAGAAUCCUGGGGAGUACCGGGCUACGCGUAGCAGCAAACAACCCGUGAUAGUGGAAAACAACUGGCAAGAGCCUACUGUAGAGGAACAACUCAAGCAUGACACGGUCCAUAAACUGGAGACACAUCUGGCAGAGGUUAAAUCCGUCCAAAAGGAGAAGAUUCACUCAGUCAGUGUCAACACAAACAGGCGUCUAUACCAGCAGCCAGAUAUGAAACGGGUGAUGGUGUUUCCAAAUGGGGAGAGUGUGGAGAGGGCUGUGUAUGUAUGGGGAGAAACUCUAGAGGAAAUCCUGGACAGUGCCACCAUUAAGCUAGGGCUCUGGGGACAAGCCAAGAUCGUCUACAACAUGGAGGGCAAAAAGGUGGAAAAAUUUGAUGAAAUCAAUAAGGACGAAUUACUGUGCGUCUCCAUGGGAAAGUCCUUCAGCAAGCCCAAGAAUUCCCUUGAUGGAAUUGAGAUCAAGGCCAACUGGGGUCGAGCUAGAAAGCAGUAUGGACCGAAUGCCACAGACUUGGUGGUUUCAGCGCCCAUCAACCCAACUGUCAAUGUUGACCCCUUUGGACCACCAGGUCUCGCCCUCCCACCAUCAGACGACAGCAAGUCCAACACAGCAAACAGACCACAGUCUGCAAAACCACCAGCAACAUGAGUUUAGCAACAUCAAUAGCAACCUGUGCAACAUUUAAGAAACUGUAUAGAAUUCUUAGUGCUUGACGAAAGCUUGUAGAUACCCCAACGUAGGAUCUUCCUAAUACACAGGUUUUAAAGGAAUCUACUUGUAGCUUUAUAUUUUGGUUUUCAAUCAACGAAAUUGUUAAUACGGAGGACAUGAUUUCUGGGAGAACGAAGACCCAAACAUGGAAUGGAAAUAGAAUGUAUCAUUCUGUAGGAGUUUAGUGAUUGGUGUAAAUACUUUGCAAUUCUUCAACACUCGGGAACUGUAGAAGGAGAUUUUGACCCCAUCCAUGCACUGUGAUGCACUUAAGUCCACCUGGACUUAGACAGCAUUAUGGUGCCUUAUAAGGAAACUGGAAAACAACUCCACACCAUUCAGACUGUAUGCAUGUGAAUUUAGUAAAGUUAUCAUGAAGAAAAUUGUAAUCAUGUCCUUAUGAAACAUUAUGGAAAUUGGUUUGUCUAGGUUGUGAAAUGGUCUCAUGCUUUAAUUUAGCAGGUCACGGUAUAUAAGUCUCAGUGUUAACAAAUGCUGUCGAAAUCUUAAGGUCAUAAAUCUUAAGAAGACAGAUACCAGGGUAACCCAGCAUGCGAUUCAUAGGGAAAUGAACGCUCUCUGUCAUGUGUAAAUAAUUGUUUUCCUUUUGCAGCGUGACUUUCUUCAAACAGUCAUGCUCUGUGGGCAUUUGUCGUGAUAUGUGUCAGUAGAUGAACUUUAUUACAUGUAGGUACUGAAUGAAUGUUUAAAAUUGAAAGAAAACUUUCGAUUAAUAUCCAUGAUAAUUAUAAAGAAAAAUCAUUUGAUUGAAAAAAGGAGUUUGAAAUUAUAAAAUAGUUACAAAAAAAAUGAAAAAAAAAGAAGAAAAGAUAUAGUACUUAUUACAUUUUUUAGUUUCAUACCAUUGCAAUCUGCUUUAAAGCUUAAUUAGAGAAUACUCAAGAGUUUUUAUAGAUUUAUAAGCAGAUCAGCACAUUUUAAAAUAUUCUAGUUCCUAUAUUAUAUCCAUCUAUUAGUAGGGUUUUAAUGAUUAACAUUUUCUAUACAUGCAGGACUUUUCUUGCUUAUGAUUUAUUCAGAUGAAUAUUGUUCCCAUUUAGUGACCAGUGUCUGUGAUAAAUAGUUUAGAUUUUAUUAGUCAAGUAAUUUUUUGCACUUGUUAUCUGCACUUUUUGCACCAUCGCAUCAAAUUUAAACCAGAACCGAAAACAAAUUAUAUGAGCAUUUUUGAACAAGUGUGUCAUGCAUUUUCUCUUUCAAAUAUUUAACUUUGAAAAUGUUUAUUUAUGAUAUAUUUAUUUUUACUGUUUUUACAAGUGUUACAUUUACACAUUCCGUCCAUUCUUGUCCAUAAAUGUUAGUCAAAAAAUAUAUUAUCUUAAACGUGCGAAGGGCUCAAUUUAAGGACAGGGUUUCCCCACAUCUGAGAAUGGUAUAAACAAAGUUAGUAUGCAUCUUUUCAGUCUGUUCUUGAUUAAUUCAUUCACUUUAUGGUUGUGAUAUAGGGAAUCUUAGAUGAAGGGAAUCAUAAAUUACUGUCUCAAAAGUUCAUAACUCAUGACAUUCUUUUACACCAUGUAGAACAGAUCUUUAAUGUGUAUUGUAUGCUAGAAAGUAUUGCCUCAAGCCUUUAAUGUGUACUGUAAAUUUUUAAUGUCUGUGAGUUUUUACAAUUUUUCAGCCCAGAGGGCUACUUAUGCAGAGGGGAAAUAAAUAGAAUAUAGAAAUU